CUCUUUCCACGGCACGUUGUUUGUGCGGCCUCGACUUCCUUUUCUGUGCAGAUUUCAUGGCGAGUGAUAGCGGGGAAGAGUUGAUUCACCUACCGUGACCACACUGACCCGUGCAUCAACCUCAAGAGACGCUUUUCUCGGUUGUCAUUUAUAAAGUAACAGUGACGUCAGACGAGUAGUCCUUCAUCUUUUAUUUCAGGUAUUUUGGAGAUCUGGGUGCUUUCUAAACAGAACGCUUGUGCUGUUAACACCAUCUCUCAUCGUGUUGUGGCUGUAGCUGCUCCUACUGAAGAACUGCCAGUCAAUGGCUCUAAUGGACAAACACAAAGUCAAGCGGCAGAGACUCGACCGCAUUUGUGAAGGCAUUCGACCACCCAUCCUCAAUGGGCCCAUGCACCCUCGUCCUCUUGUGGCACUGCUGGAUGGACGGGACUGCACUGUGGAGAUGCCCAUCCUGAAGGACGUGGCCACCGUAGCCUUCUGUGAUGCUCAGUCCACCCAAGAGAUUCACGAAAAGGUUCUAAAUGAGGCUGUUGGUGCUUUACUAUACCACACCAUUACACUCUCACGAGACGACCUGGACAAAUUCAAAGGCCUUCGGGUCAUCGUGAGGAUCGGGAGCGGGUUUGACAAUGUUGACGUUAAAGCGGCGGCAGAGCUGGGUAUUGCUGUGUGUAAUGUUCCUGCCGCAUCUGUGGAGGAAACGGCAGACACCGCCAUGUGUCUCAUUCUGAAUCUGUACCGGCGCGUCACUUGGAUGCAUCAGGCCCUCCGUGAGGGCACCCGCGCCUCCAGUGUGGAGCAAAUCAGAGAGGUGGCUGGGGGUGCUGCCCGUAUUCGAGGAGAGACACUGGGCAUUAUUGGGCUUGGACGUGUGGGCCAGGCCGUUGCUUUGAGGGCAAAGGCUUUCGGGUUUGGAGUGAUUUUCUAUGACCCGUACCUGCCGGAUGGCGUGGAGCGGUCACUAGGGCUCCAGCGCAUGGCGACACUACAGGACCUUCUCAUCCAUUCUGACUGUGUGUCGUUACACUGCAGUCUGAAUGAACAUAACCACCACCUCAUCAAUGACUUUACCAUCAAACAGAUGCGUCAGGGGGCGUUCCUGGUGAACACUGCUCGUGGAGGACUGGUGGAUGAGAAAGCUCUCGCCCAGGCUCUGAAAGAAGGAAGAAUACGGGGAGCGGCCUUGGACGUCCAUGAGACAGAGCCCUUUAGUUUUUCUCAGGGCCCGCUGAAGGAUGCCCCAAAUCUUAUUUGUACCCCACACACAUCCUGGUACAGCGAGCAGGCCUCUAUUGAGGCCAGAGAGGAGGCAGCGAGGGAGGUGCGCAGAGCCAUUACAGGUCGUAUCCCUGACAGUCUGAAGAAUUGUGUGAAUAAGGAAUAUCUGAUGGCAGCAUCCCAGUGGCCGUCUAUGGAAGCUGCCACGGUGCACCCUGAGCUGAACGGAGCAGCCUAUAGGUUUCCUGCAGGGCUGAUCGGUGUAGCGACAGGAGGCCUGCCUGGAGCCGGGGCAGGAGUGGAGGGCAUCGUGGCUGGAUCUCUGCCUCUGGCCCACGCCAUCGCCCCUGUCUCGCACCCCCCUCAUACCCCAUCACCUGGGCAACCCUCCAAGGCAGAGGCUGACAGAGACAUCCCUUCUGACCAAUAGCAUACCAACACAUUCCAUUUUACCCUUUCACCUAACCCAAGGGUCGGCCAAGGCGCUCACCCCUGCUUUUGACGUGACCUCGGGUCACCCCAGUCCAACGACAACAACAGAACAUGUGUACAAACCCAGGAGUGACCCACUCGAAACCCUCAAACUUACCCCUCAUUUCACUCGCUGUAUACUUUGUUUUUCCACUUUGGCAGUAAGCAAUAACUUCUCUCAAGGACUCAAUAAUUGGGUUGACACACUCUCUUCUCUAAGCUACAAAAAAAAUCCCAAUUCCUUUGUUUUGUGUCUACUCUGGACUAGUUGGAGUUAGUGUUUGUCAUGUUUUAACAGCGUGGUAAUAAACGCAUGGACUUUCUUUUCUUCCCUUAAUCCUCCAACGCUCGGCCCUCCUUCAAGUAAACCUUCUCGACCUGUCCUUUCUUAGCUUGAACGUUUGAUCAUCAAAACAAACAAAGCAGCGGUUGGCUUACAUCUUUUAUUAAAUUGGUUUCAACAGCCAUCAGUGUUUAUUUCACAGCUGAUAAUGGAGAUCGAGGGCCCGUGGCUAAAGUGGGAUGAGCUCAGAUGUUUUCUGUUACCCUGUCUCUUUCUCUCUCUUCAUGUGGAGGGGAUCUUCUAGAAAAGUCCAUCCAGAAAGAUGUUCGCAGGAAGCGAGAGAGCUUCGCCGCCAGGUUUGGCCUUGCGUUAAGUCACAAAACUUAAUCCAGAGGUCUCCGGUGUUUGUUAAAAUCACAUACGUAUAGCAUUUUAAAUUUGUGUAGCUCAUAUACACGAUAUUGACAGAUUUACUUAUAGGUUGCAAACUCACUCGCUCACAUGAACAUCAAGUUUCCAAUAAAGCCAUAUUCAGUGUGUUACAUUGCUGGUAUUAAAAAAAAACAUAUCUUAACUUUAUUUUCUGCACUGCUGUUUUUGAAUUAGUGGCACACCUUAAACUCAAAAAGAUGCCCUUUUUGCUUUGUGUGUGUGUGUGUGUGUGUGUAUGUGUGUGUGCGUGUACAAUGUUGACUUCUGCCUGACUGAGCUGAUAAUAUUGCCACCUUUUGUAUUCUUCGCCAUGUAAAGAAUAUUUGCCUUGUUUUCCAUAUCCUCCCUCUUUCCCAGAUAUCUCUCGCUGUACUUCCUCCUCGUGCCUCCUCCUUUUUUCGAUUAGGCCUUCUUCUCUUUGACACAGCGAGGCACCUUGCCCACCCUUCACAAUAUCUCCAUUCUCGCCCCUCCAUCAUUUCCCGUGAAAUCACUGUGCGGCACGCCAGCCCUGCCCUUCCUCUCUGAUAUCUUCUCACGAGGCACUUAAAUCUCGCUAGCUCUUUCCACUCACAAACACGUACAGUGCUUAAUCUGUUGGUUUUAAGGCCAAGCUGCGGCGCAGUAACGCCGUUCGGCCAGCAGGAGGCAGUGGCUCGCUUUCUCCUCAGGUUAAUAGCCAGCUCGCAACCGAUCUCCUCACUCGUGCUUUUAGCCGAGUAGUCGUUUCCCAUACAGUCUCCCACUUAGGUUAGCAGGAUAUCAGAGACCGGUGCUCCAUCCAUCCUCUGUCUACAGACUUCCAAAUACUCGGGAUGGAUGAUGUGGCAGUUCAGCAUGACAUGACGGGCACCUUCUCAUGGUUUAAGCCUGCGAAACGUUUGUUUUCUGUGCUUUUGGACCAUUAGGUAAUUUUUAGCACACAAGAUAAGGUGGAAAGAAUGUACGCUAGGUUGCCCUCCAAAGAAGGUAGGCAUCCCCAAGCUUGAGAAAAAGUGUCUCGGGAAACCGUUCGUUGUGAAGAGAGGCCUUUCUAGUACCUCAGUAACAGAUAUUGAAUGUAUGCUCAUAUCUUUCUUUCUAUGUACAGCUUUUUUAGACCAUAGGUUCCCGUUUCUGAAGGGGUGUGUGUGCGCGCAUCUGCGCGUGUCUGCUUAUCCAGUGCAUCAGUUAUACGCAAAUUGAAAAGUAAUUUCUCUGUUUAUAUUCAUUUAGAUGGUUUGAAUCUCAGGCUUUAGCUUUAUAGAACAUCCGUAAUUUUGUAAUUUUUGUAAAAAUGAGCACAGUUUCACAUCUUCAAGAUGGAGAAGGGGUCUGAAUUGGUACAUUUUGCUGCCUACAAACAUACCAGAUCUUGGAGUAAUGCAUGAUGAGACUAAAAAUAAUGUACCUAUAGGCCCCUCCCCGGUUCCUUAUUGGUCACAUUUGGUGUUUGAUUUUUGAGUGACAUGCAACUUUCCUAGACUGAAGUGAUGCCCUUUAUCCCCAUCAACACUGCUAUGUAAAUGGAUCUUAGCUACGUUUUUUUAAUUUUUAAAGUUUCUUCUAGCAUUAUUGUGGUGUUUCUUUGCCGUCAGCAUCAGCAUUCAGCUUUGAUAUAAAGAUGUGCACUGUGUUAUAACCAAGAAAUGAAUAGUUUGUGUCAUUCAGUGUUCGACAUGUUGUAUUGAAACAUUUCAAGACGAGUCUCGUCGAUAUUUCGUACUCUGUUGUUUUGAAUCUUUAGGUUGUAGUCGUGCGGUCCCCUCGCUGCCUUAUGUCGUAGAUUGUGGUGGGCUUGGUGGAUUUUUUUUAAGUUUCCUGCACAAACCCCAGCAAACACACAUGUAAGAGAGAGGAAGCUGUUUACUUUAGCCAUAUGUCGCUCUGUGUGCUCAAUGCAGAUUUCUGGAGAACACAAAUGGCUUUUACUUUAAGGUGUGAAAUGCUCGGGUCCUUUCAGGACACGCCGAUCCUUGCGGUGGGAUGAAGCUUUGUGGCUAAAUGGAGUCUGGAGAGGAAAGAUAAAGACCUGGAGCAGUCAGUUUCUCUCUCAGGGUUCAAAUACACAUACACGCAUCCUUCAACAGUCUGUCGUAAUCUUCCUCCGUAUGAAUGAAGAGGAUGAUGAUGUAGAUCUCCAGAGUUCAGUCCAUCUUUCAACAGCGAGCGUCUUUUUUCCUCCUCAUGCUUUUUCUCGCUUGGUGCGUAUUUGUCCGCUAACAACAACAACAACAGAAUGAAUGUUUUAAUAGAACUGUGUGUGUAACGUUGAAGUUGGGAAAUGUAUUUUUACAACAUGUGAACUUUUUAUUCCUUUCUCUUAUACCUUUUUGUUAUAAAUUGAUUUUCCCUCUUUUUCCCUCAUCACCAGACUGCAAAAAAAAGUAAAAAAGAGAAAAAAAAUCAUGUAACUAGGCUCUUAAGCUUUACUUUUGUUUUUGUUUACUUUUUUUAUUAGAAAACAAUCAUGUUUGUGAUGGUAACCUCUGGUGGUAAAUUCCACAAGGUAUUUUAAUAAAAUCCUAAAGAUUAAA